ACCCAAACCAAGCGCGCCGAACCCGCCGCCAUCCGCGCGCCUUGCGGAUCUCAUGGCAUGGCCGGCGCUCUGCGCCGGGGGGCGGAGGCCUUUGAAGCCUUGCGGAGAUGUGUGGAGGCGUGCGGCGAGCCCUGCGAAGGCAGCAUCAUGCACACCUGGAAUUCCUGGGCGCCGGUGCCCGCCAUGGAGGCCAAGCAGAGGACGAAUCUCUUCCACUUGGCCCAGUCGCUGGGCGGAUCGGCGCUGAUCUUGGAGGUGGGCUUCAACGCGGGGCAUUCCGUGUGCCUCAUGCUGCUCGCCAACGCGUCGGCGAAGGUUGUGGCCUUCGACCUCUGCGAGCAUCGCUACACCAAGCCCUGUGUGGAGGUGCUCCGGCGCUUCUUUGGACCGCGCCUGGAGCUGGUGGAGGGCUCAAGUACCAACACCUUGCCGGAGUAUCGGCAGAGGAAGCUGGGCUUUGACCUCUUUCACAUCGACGGUGGACACCAGUACCAUCAAGCCCUGGCGGACUUGCGAAAUUGUCUUGUUUAUGCACUCACUUGUCCAACAUCGACCUAUUGCCGCGCGCUUGCGCGGGGCGAAGCCUUGCUGGUGCUGGACGACACGGAGAUCGUCGGGGUGGGUGCAGCCUGGUCCGACUUCCUUGCCGCAGGCGCGUUGGUGGAGCUUGCGCCCCCACAUGAGCUUGGUCGCUUCAAGCACGGCAUCGGCAAGGUCGUCCCCGACAGCCCGGCGAAAUGCAGUGCCUGCCUCUCGCUGGCCACGUUCGCCUGUGGCGGCUGCCGCCAGGUGCGUUACUGCAGCGAUGCCUGCGCCAGACGUCACUGGCGGCGACAUCGCGCCGUGUGCAGCUCUCGUUGGACGCCGCCGGCGCCGCUCACACCGCUGACCCAGAUCGAGCCCGCCCUGCUGAAGAGCCGCGCAGAUGGGGUGUUGGUGGCGGCGGAGGACCUGGCCAAAGGCGCGGUGCUCUUCGAGGAGCCGCCCCUGGCCUGGCAACCCGCCCCCGCCAGGCGCUCGAGCCUUUGCACCUGCGGGCAUCCGGGCGUCAAACUCUGCACGGUGUGUGGCCAGGCGAGCCUCUGCGGAUCCUGCACGUGUCGCAUGUGCCCAGAGCUCAAGAUCACCCAGGGCCACGUCGGAACUUUCACCCUGGUCGCUCUGGAUGUGCUGCGCCGCUGGGAGGAGGGCCACUUGCCGGCGGAGUCCCUGGCGGCCGUGGCUGCUGUGCCCACAGAAGCGGUAAGAUCUGCGCAAGCCGUGCAGAAGGUGGCUCACUUCUGCUCAGCGGUUCGCUGGAGUGACCGGCGUGCCGAGGAAAUCCUCGCAGCAGUCAUCCGGGGCCGCAUCGAGCAUGCGACAAAUGCCUCGCCGGUGGGCAUCGGCUACUACCCGAAGUUUGCCCGACUGAGAGCCGCCAAUGCUCAUGCGGAGGCCAACGUGGAAGUAAAACUGGCCCCGUGUCCGGCACACGCCUGCACCAUCCAGGCCGUUCUCAAAGAGGCGGUCCCUGCGGGUGAGCCACUGCGCGUGGGAUGAGGAGCAAGAUGUGCGCCAGCGAGC